AUGGCAUCUCUGAAAACUAUCCUUUUCCUGGGAGUUUGUCUCUCUGACUGGAUCGUCAUAACUGCAGAGCAGAACUUUGGGCCUAAAGUUGAGAACGUUCGCUGGUUGUCUCUGGACUUUAAAACCAUCCUGACAUGGACUGUUCCAAAAUCUAACCACACAUACCAUGUUCUUUUUUGGGACCAAGACCCCGAGUGGGAGGAAUCUGAAGAGUGCAGCCAAGUGUCAGAUUUGGAAUGUGAUUUGUCCAAUCACCUCAUGCCCUUUGACAGGACUUACACUGCUGACAUCCAAACCAUACCUGACACCAUGAGCUAUGACCCAGAUGAGUUACCUCACACUUUUUCCCCAUCCUUCAACCCCUAUAAGGAGAGUAAUAUCAGUGCUAUGCAAUUCACUGUGGAGGAGGUAGAUGAGAAGACAGUAACUGUCAACAUCACAGAUACUCUGACCAGUGUCCAUUUCGGUGAGAAGCAACUCACCAUCAGAGACAUUUUCAAAAAAGAUCUCAAGUAUAAGAUCAGCUACUACAAGUCUGGCAGCACAGGCAAGAGAGACAUCCUAUCUGACUCGAGUAUAGCAGAGGUAUCUGGGCUGGAUCCAGGACAGAGUUACUGCUUCAUGGUAGCAGCUUACAUCACCUCAAGAACCAAACCCCUCAAGCAGGGAGCCUGGAGCCAACAUUGGUGUAUGGAGGGAUACAGAAAUUUCCUGCAAGGGCUGAGUGUUGGAGCAUGGGUUGGUGGAAUCUUCAUCUUCCUCACAGUACUCGUCCUCAUUUCUACAGUGACGGUACUCUGCUACAGACGUAACAAACAAAGAUACGAAACCACGCAGACAUCUCAGACAUCGGGACCUAUUUAG